CUGGGCCCCUGCCCCUGUUGCUGUUGCAAUACAACUGCUUGUUGCUGUUGCUGCAGCAGGACCGCCCAUCAUGGAAGAGACAGGUGAGGAGCCCCCAACAUCAGCUGUCCUGCUGGAUCAUUUCCAUUUCUCUCAGAUCAUCUUUAACAACGUGGAGAAGUUUUACAUCCCUGGGGGAGACAUCACAUACCAUUAUACCUUCACCCAGCAUUUCAUUCCCUGCCGAAAGGACUGGAUUGGCAUCUUUAGGGUAGGAUGGAAGACAACCCAAGAAUAUUACACCUUUAUGUGGGCUACUUUGCCUGCUGACCUCAAUAGUAAAUCAUCUUUGCAGCAACAAGUGCAGUUUAAACCUUACUACCUACCUAAAGAUGAUGAAUAUUAUCAGUUCUGCUAUGUGGAUCAGGAUGGUGUUGUCCGGGGAGCCAGUUUCCCUUUCCAGUUCCGUCCAGAAAGUGAGGAGGACAUCUUGGUGGUCAUCACUCAGGGAGAAGUGCAGGAGAUUGAGCAGCUCAAUAAGGAACUUAGCCAACAAAACCAGGAGCUGAAAGACAGCUGUAUUAGUCUCCAGAAACAGAAUUCAGACAUGCAUGCUGAACUCCAAAAAACUCAGGAACUGCAGGAGAGACUAGAGUCGCUGACAGAGAUCAACAAAACAUUGGAGCAGAAGGUCAAUGUCCUGAAUGAAGAAAACAAGAGUCUGAAAGUACAGAAGGGCUGUUGGGAGACAGAAUUACUUCAAUUUAAAGUACAGAAUCAGAAUGUGGCCUCAGAAAAUGAGAAAAUAUGUGUCAGGCUGAAGACUACUCUUGAUCAUCUUGAUCAGCUUCAGGCACAGAUUUCCAUACAAGAGAAAGAAAUGGAGAAACUGUCUCAGGGAAAUUGGGACAAGACAGAGCAGUUGGAGCAUUUGAAGAAGGAAAAUGAACAGCUACUUCUCAGUUUGACAAAACAGAGGGAGCACCAGCAGAAGCUUGAACAGACUGUGGAGGAAAUGAAGCAAAAGGAAACUGCAUCAACCCAGAAGCACCAGGAACUCACGAACCAGAUCAGUGACCUGAUGAAGAGGCUAGAUGAGAACAAGUUUUUCUAUCAGGAGCUACAGAGGGAGAAGACCAGAGUAGAAGGAGAAAAAGAUCUCUUGUAGAAGGAAAACCAGAAGCUUAUGUGUUAUGUCUGCAAGAAGUCUGAAUCUAAACUGCUCUCUAAUCCUGCUCCUGUUCAAGAAGCCCUAGAAGAAAACCCUGGACUCAUCUUUGGAAAUCCUUAUUCUGCUACCCAGAUAUCCAUGUGCCCCAUCUGCCAUGGGGUCUUCCCUGAUGAUGUGGAAGAAACCGUCUUCCAGCAGCACCUGCAGACCCAUAUCCUGGACUGUCCAUAUUGUGAUGAGGUCUUCUCAGAGGCUGAGCGACAAGUGUAUGAUGACCAUGUGUUCUGCCACUCACUUUAAAAAGUGUCACAACUGCUUGGCCUCAG